CACACGCCCUCGGUGUAAGGUUCAAUGAUUAACUGUUAAGAUAAAGAAAGUGAGAGAAGUCAGUGGGGAGAGACUUAGCAGUGAAACAUAGAAGAAAGAAAAAAAGAAAGAAAGAAAAAAUAGCAGAACUUGAGUAAGAAACAGUAGGAAGACAGGAAGGACCAGCCAGUCCACUCAUCUGAUAUUUGUUUGGUGCUGUAAAUAAAGCUAUUCCCCCAUGGAGGAGAGCGCUGAACAGCCAAGAAAGAUAGAACUUAAUGAUGGCACGUUCAUGCCACUGCUGGGGCUGGGAACAUGGAAGGCGAAGAGCACGAGUUCAGAACAGUGUCAAGCAGCCAUUGAGACAGCAAUAGCUGCUGGCUACCGUCACCUGGACACAGCCCACAGCUAUCAGAAUGAGGUGGAGCUGGGAAAAGCCCUCCGCUCCAAGAUCCAGCAGGGCAUCAUUCGACGUGAGGACAUGUAUAUCGUGAGCAAGCUGUGGUGCACUUAUCAUGCUCUUGAGGACAUCCCUGUUUGUCUCCAGAAAUCUCUCAGUGACCUGCAACUAGACUACUUGGACCUGUACCUGGUACACUUUCCUGUGGGGCUUAAGAAAGUUGGUGAUGAGCUCUUUCCAAUGAAGAACGGACAGCUUCUCUCAACAGACAUAGACUAUGUGGAUGUGUGGAGGGGCAUGGAGGCUUUAAGGGCUUCUGGAAAAGUGAAGAGUAUUGGUGUGUCCAACUUCUCUAUCGAACAACUUGAGAGGCUGCUGUCUGUGGCUAAAGUCUGUCCAGCUGUCAAUCAGGUAGAGCUUCAUCCUUACCUGGUUCAGUCUGAUCUAAUAGAAUAUUGCAAGUCUAAGAAUAUAGUUCUUGUGGCCUACAGUCCCUUUGGCUCACCAGACCGACCCAAAGAGCUUCAAAGAGGAGACACAGACCCUAAAAAGCUGUUGGAGGACCCUGUGAUUGGGAAGAUUGCUGCAAAGCACAGACGGACUCCUGCACAGAUUUUAUUACGGUAUCAUAUUGAGCAGGACAUUGCAGUGAUUCCAAAAAGUGUUAAACCCAACCAUAUUCUGGAGAACACAAAGGUCUUUGACUUCUACCUGCCUGAGGAGGAUAUGAAGGCACUCAAGUCUCUAAAUCGUGGCUGGAAGGCCUGUACCUUGGAACAGUUGGAGUCCCAUCCUUUCUACCCUUUUAAGUGAACCAUUCUGUAUAGAAGAUACACAAGGAUGUUGCCGUCACUGCUGCUGUCCAAAACAGAUGAACAAAUCAUUUUCUUUCGUCUGACUGCAAGAUUUCAUACAAUAUCUAUGCAAACUGUGAUCCCAUAUACCAUUGUGGUAGUCUAAGGCUGCUAGAUUCUCAGGUCUAAGUGAAUAAAAUCUUUUUAAACAGUGA